UUGUUGUCUCACAGUGAAGCCAUUCAGAUGGUGAAGACUAAACCUAAGAGAUGAACGGGCCCUCCAUCUUCUCUUUUCAUUUCCAGGCUUAAGCGUGUUUCUUCAAGACUUCAAUCUGCUGAAUGGGAGAAAGUGGCACAAAAAGCCCUGUCCAAACAUGAAUGUACAAAAUCGCUGCUGCAACAAAAGAUGUCGAAAAUGGCCUUGCGUUACACGAACAAGUUUGUCCCCGUCGUCCUCAUUUAUGAUAUUGACUGUGUUCAUCCUGUUUCUCAAAGCAAACGUGGCAGUGGCGAUGAAAGUGACCUCCAGUGGCCCGCAGACGAUGCAAAUGGCUCAAGGAGAAUCUGUUACACUAGACUGCACCUACUCGUCUGGUCCAGCAGACACAGGAGAGCUUGACAUUGAGUGGUCAGUCAUCAGCCCAGACACCACCAAAAAAGACCAGAUGAUCAUAUCAUACACAGGAGGAAGGCGAUAUACUUAUGGCGACCCUGCUUUGAUGAAAGGUCUGGACUUCACUGCUCCAGAUCCUGGUCAAGGAGAUGCGUCUCUGUCUAUAGCCUCUCUGACUGACAGUCAUGCUGGAACAUAUCAGUGCAAGGUCAAAAAGGCACCAGGGGUUGACAGCCGCAAAAUAUCACUAGUUGUGAUGGUGAGACCGUCUGUGCCGAAUUGCUGGAUUGAUGGCGGUGGAGGAGUGGGUGAAGCGGCGUCUCUCCGCUGCAGAUCAGACGAGGGCUCCGCGCCGCUGCUGUACUCAUGGAGGAGAGAGAGCGGAGGAGCGAUUCCUGCAGACGCCACUCAGAAUUCCCUCACGGGAGAACUUCUGAUCAGUAAUCUCUCCACAAGUCACACCGGUGUGUAUUCCUGCGAGGUUUCCAAUGCUGUAGGGAAAGAAAGCUGCCGACUAACCCUUCAAGCUGUAAAGCCUCCUAAUAGAGCAGGAGUGAUAACAGGCACUGUUGUUGGCUGUUUACUACUCAUCAUGAUCGUCCUGCUCAUUAUCUGGCUCCUCGUCUUCAGAUGUAACUGGAAUCGACAGGAGAAAGAGUUCUCGAAUGAGAUUAGAGAGGACGCUCCUGCACCUGAGAGUCGCCCAAACAGCCGAGUCUCCAGCUUCCGCUCAGGUGUGGCCUACAGUCAGGUGGGACAAACACAAAAUGAACAUCCAACCUCCAGCAACACCAGCUACAGCACGGCAAAAUAUGACAGCAGAUUUGGUUAUGCUGUGUGAGAGACUGUAAGUCACAGUGGUAUCGAUGUGCAGCAGAGAGGAAAAUAUAUCAAGUGACUGUAGUAAAAAUGUUAGCAAAAAUGAACAAAACUGCCCCAAAAAAUCUAGAAAAGGAGGUAAAACAACACUGCAAAUCUGUAUGUUUGUCACAAGCAAAGUGAAAUAUUUGCUGUAUUACAUUUAGAUCAAUGCACAUUGCAUCAGAUUUGUGUGUGUGUGCGUGUGUGUGUGUGCGCGCAGAGUUUUGAGCAGAAAUUCUCUUAUCUUAUGAACAUUAACAAGCAGAUACAAUGUAAGACAUUCAUUUAUUGACUAUAACUUGCUUGAGUUAAAUGAUUAUUGGUUCUUGCAUAACUUGUGCUGGACUAGCAUCAUUGACUGGUAUGUUUUGUCUGUAUAGCCAGAAUAUGACAUUCCGUUUCACACGGUACAAACUGUGUUUAACAUGUAUUAUAUUAAUCAACAUUCAUAAUCAUAGCUAAAGUGUAGUAACUAGACUUUUGGUCAAAAUUGAGUUAAAGCCUAAAAUGGAUUAGUGACAUCUGUUGAACUCUCCUGGUUCAAUUUUAUCCUGAUUCAGAAAAAAACAAGAGUGUCAAAACUGCAGUAACUACAAAACCCAAGCUGAUGUAAAAAAACAAAAGAAAACAUCUGAAUGGCUGCAACCCUGCAAUGUAUAGCCAUUAUAUAUUAUGCAUAAUUUAUAUUAGUCUUUUCAACAGAAUGUUAAUACAUUUUCAUUGAAAUGUUUUUUGAUUGUGCACUGACACAAAUACAUUUAAUAAUACAUUUCAUUCACAUAGCUCCUAUAAAUGUACAAAAAUGGAACUGAAAAGAAAUACUAUAGUACAAAAUAUAAUGAAAUGUUGCUAUUAAUGACCCUCAGUUAUCUAAGAGUUACAGCAUGUGACUUUUUUUUCUUAAUGAAUUGUCGGGAGCCAUUUAUUUCAAUUAAGUUUUGUCUGUGUAUGUUUUUUUAAACUCUGAAAGUGCGUUAGCCAUUGCCUUGUCCACAGUUUUGGCUACGAAUAAUUUUUAAUCUUCUAUUGAAGAAACACUUAAACAGUCUCUUAAAUGGAUUUUAAUGUAAUUAACUUUUUGACUAUAAAAUGCUUUGCAUUCAGUCAUGUUGCAAUAUAAUGUAUGAAAUCAAAAUGUGUUUGUAAAUGUAAUUAUUUUCUAAUGUGAUAAGGAUUCAUAUGAGUGAAGCAUACAUUAUGAAUUAAAUUACGCAAAACCAGAUACUGAUCAUAUCAGGCAAUAUUAGUAGCUUUUUAAAAAGGCCUAAUGGUAAUAUUUGUUUGUGAGGAGAGCCUUAAUUGUUGACGUUUUUUUAAACAUGAUGUAACUUCAUUUAUAUUAUUUCCCAUGAGAUUUAAAGGUUUAUGUGAUGACUGAAAAUGAACUUUGUGUUUUGUUGUUUUUAAACAAUGUCUGCUAUGCUUUUUUUCUUCUUUUUUUUUUGCUUAUUUGCUGAUAUUAGGGUUUUUUGUACAAGAACAAAGUUUGGAUGGAUUUGUGUGUGACUAUGAAAUAAUUAGUUGUUUUCUUCAGCAUUUCUGGAACUAAUAUUUGCUGAUGUUAUACUGAUAGGUUGAAUUUUUAUGAAUUGUAAUAAAAAAUGAAGAAAACGUG